AUGACUGAGAUCAUUAAGGACGGAUACAUAUCAGUCAAAGAAGAUGGUCUGAGAGCCUGGAUAUGGUCCAAACGUUUCAGUGUCCUAAGAGAUCAAGCACUCACAUUCCAUCGCAAUGAGCAAUCCGGUCAAUGUGUAGCCCUUAUCUUUCUCAAAGACGUCAAUUCAGUUACCCGUACAGAUUUAAAGCCUUAUUGUUUUGAAAUUGGCACAAAAGAGAAAACUUAUUACAUUGCUUGUAAGAGUGACGAGGAUUUGUAUUCAUGGAUGGAUGAAAUUUACAAUAGAUCUUCCGUAGGAUCUUCUGGCCCAACCAAUUUUGUUCAUGAAGUUCAUGUUGGUUUUGAUCCAGUUACGGGAGCAUUUAGUGGGCUUCCGGAUCAAUGGACUCGACUUCUCAAAGGUUCAGCCAUCACAGCAGAAGAUGCUGCAAAGAACCCUCAGGCAGUAUUGGAUGUUUUAGAGUUCUACACCGAACAAACCAAACGGGAAGCAGAUGAAUAUGGCUCUUCGCAGCUUAUGGGAGCUCCCACUCAACAACACAUCCCAUCCCGUCCAGCACCUUCACCGCCAACUCAAGGCAGACGCCCUGAUCUCUAUGAUAGCAUGAACGAUCUCUCAAUCAGCAAAAAUAGAGAUCAAAUACCCACCAGUCCUAUUCGCCAACAAUAUUCCAAACCCAUGUAUCCUCGCCCUGAGCCUUCAAAAUCUCAAGGAACUAUGCACAGCCACCGUAUCCCUAAGCACAGCAGCAGUGCAACCACUUAUGAAGAUCGUGUCCAGUACGAACGUGAACGUGAACAGGAAAUGCGUGAGCGAGAAAGAGAACGCGAGAGAGAGAUCCGUGAGAUCCAAAAGGCUGCAGCUCAAGUAUCCGCACCAAAAAAGAAAGUUGAACAGCGUAUCAGUACAAUGACAGAAGCACAAAUUAUGGAGAAGAUGCGCGCCGUUGUAUCUCCUAACGAUCCCAAUGAGCUUUACAAGCGAAUGAAGAGAGUUGGUCAAGGUGCUUCUGGGUCUGUUUAUUUGGCUAUUUCUCUUUCGACCAAUUCCAAGGUUGCGAUUAAACAGAUGGACCUUGCUCACCAGCCUCGCAAGGAGUUGAUUGUGAAUGAGAUUCUGGUCAUGAAGGAAUCUCAACACCCUAAUAUUGUCAACUUCCUUGACUCUUUCCUUGUCAAGAACAUGGAAUUAUGGGUUGUGAUGGAAUACAUGGAGGGUGGCGCUCUUACUGAUGUGAUUGAUCACAACACAAUGACUGAACAACAGAUUGCCACAGUAUGCUCAGAGACAACUGCUGGUCUUCAUCAUUUGCAUUCUCAAAAUAUUAUUCACAGAGAUAUCAAAUCUGACAAUAUCUUGUUGAAUGCGUAUGGACAAGUCAAGAUCAGUGAUUUUGGUUUCUGUGCCAAGUUAACAGACCAAAAGAACAAGCGUGCUACAAUGGUUGGAACACCAUAUUGGAUGGCUCCUGAAGUAGUCAAGCAGAAAGAGUAUGGUGCCAAGGUCGAUCUGUGGUCAUUGGGUAUUAUGGCUAUUGAAAUGAUUGAGAAUGAACCACCCUAUCUGGACGAAGAGCCUCUCAAGGCCCUGUAUUUGAUUGCUACAAACGGAACACCCACUCUCAAGAACCCUGAAAAAUUGUCGCGUGAGCUCAAAGGCUUCCUUGCCGUGUGUCUAUGCGUUGAUGUACGAUCACGCGCAACAGCUGCUGAACUACUUGAGCACGACUUUCUUAAAAAGGCGGGUCCUUUAGAGAUACUUGCCCCUCUUCUCAAGUUCAAGACCACCAAGCACUAA